UCAUUUGGACAACCCAUGUCACUGCCUCACCAUCCUCACUGUAAAGAACUUCCAAAUGUUUAAUCAAAUUCUGCACUUUUUCAGUUUAAAGCCAUUCCCCCUUGUCCUGUCACUACAUGCCCAUGGAAAAAGUCCCUCUCCAGAUUUCUUGUAGGCUGUCAAGCUGUAAAUGCUGCUUAUGCCAGUGAAUUUUCAAAAAGCAAAUGUAAUGCAAGGAUAGAAAACUUUUAGUUCUGAGCACAUCAACUCUAGUGUCUCUUUUCCUGUAGAAGAUUAUGGAUGUGUCUUGGCAAAAGUGAUGUUUGAAGGUUGUCUAAAAAAGGUGAAAUCUGUUACUUAAUUAUGAAGAAAAGUAGAGGUCGGACAGGCCGAAAGAGAAGAAGAAAACACUUGCAGAUUUUGGGUGGAGUCAACUGCAGUCACAAGCUGGAAUACAUUAAACUUAAGAAGUGGCUGAAAGACAGAGGAUUUGAAGACAGUAAUUUAAGGCCAACGGAGUUCUGGGGUACAGGAAGAGGACUGAUGACAACAAAAGCUCUUCAGGCAGGGGAUCUGAUUAUUUCAUUGCCUGAGAAAUGCUUACUCACCACAGGCACUGUCCUUAGUAGCUGCUUGGGAGAAUACAUUAUGAAAUGGAAGCCUCCUGUAUCUCCCUUGAUAGCACUGUGCACAUUUUUAAUAGCAGAGAAACAUGCUGGUGAAAAAUCUCCAUGGAAGCCAUAUCUUGAUGUUUUACCGAAGACAUAUACUUGCCCUGUUUGUUUGGAGCAUGAUGCAGUAAGCCUUCUCCCUGAACCUCUAAGAACGAAGGCUCAAGAGCAGAGAACGAUGGUCCAUGAGUUGUACGUGUCUUCCAAGGCUUUCUUCUCUUCCCUGCAGCCUUUGUUUGCUGAGAACACAGAAACUAUUUUUAACUAUAGUGCUCUAGAGUGGGCUUGGUGCACUGUUAAUACCAGGACAGUAUACAUGAAACAUUCACAGAGGGAAUGUUUUUCUAUUGAUCCAGAUGUUUAUGCUUUGGCACCAUAUUUAGAUUUGCUAAACCACAGUCCAAAUGUUCAGGUAAAGGCUGCGUUUAAUGAGCAGACAAGAAGCUAUGAAAUUUGGACAAAUUCACAGUGCAAAAGAUAUGAAGAAGUGUUUAUCUGCUAUGGGCCUCAUGAUAAUCAGCGACUGCUACUAGAAUAUGGAUUUGUUGCCAUGGAUAACCCUCAUAGCAGUGUUUAUGUCUCAUCAGAUACUCUUCUCAAAUAUUUUCCACCAUUGGACAAGCAGAGAAAAGCAAAACUUUCCAUUCUAAGGGAUCAUGAUUUCUUAGAAAACCUGACCUUUGGAUGGGAUGGACCAUCUUGGAGACUCCUUACUGCUCUCAAGUUGCUGUGUCUUGGUGCAGAUGAAUUCUGGGGAAUACAGCAAAUGAUUGUGUUUAAACAUUUUGGUUCUAGUAAUUGCUGGAGGAGAACGCUCCUUGGUGAUGUAAUUUCAGCCAGAAAUGAACAGCAGACUUUGAAUAUAACAGCAAAAAUAUGCCAUUUUUUAAUAGAGGAGACACAGCACGUCCUUCUCCAGAUUUCCCAGUUGAAAAGGAACAAAGAGAACCUGCAAACGUGCCUGGCUUUGGUAGAAGCAUUGCACUUGGAAAACCUGAAGAUACUACAAAAAUCAGCUGAGAGUCUUUGUAGCUUGAGUAUGGCAACAACUUGACCCAUCUGGACCUGUGACUGAUUGGAGGUCAUUUGCCAUGGAUGUGCAUUGCUGAACUGUUUUAGUGGUCCUGAACAGCAAAGAAUAAUGUACAAAUCAUCAAAAUAUGUUUAGUUUUGAUUACAGGGUCACAAAGGACUCUCUCUUUAUUUUGCUCUUUACUGACCUUCUUCAGUAAUACAUAAGGUUAGCCCAAAUGGUAGGGGAGAGCACAGGUGGCUUUCAUCAUAUCUCACUGAAAUUAUGGCUGCUGUGAAUAGAACGGUUUCUGGGGUAAUCUGAGCAGCCCUAGGAUUGUGGGCUUGAGCAGUCCUAGACUUUACAGCUGCCUGUGUGACUAAAGUAUGGAUCACAGGGUCAAGCAGAUACCCCUCAGCAUGUAUCUGGCACUUGGCAGAGAGGAAGAGGACAGAGCCAUUUAUAUUUGUCUUGUUCUUGUCCUUUACCUUUCCCCUUUACCUUUCCCUCCUUUACUCAAAGCUCCCUCCAGACUCACUAGUUCAUAUUCUGGCUCCUCCUGCUGAGAAUGAGAACUGAAAGGAUAUAUCACUUUGAACUCUGUUUCUUGUUUGGAAGACCACCCAGGCAAUUAGUUCUGUUUCCAUUUGUUUUUGAUGAUCACACUGAGAAAUGUUCCUACCCUGUUUAUAAGGGGAUGGUUUCAUGUGCUGCCUUUCAGCAUUGGUUCUACUUAAGUAGGAAGCUUGAGCUCCCUACAUCGUUCAGAGAGACUUCUUCAAAACACAUUUGAGGGCAGGAGCUUUAUUUAAGCUGUACAAACUUACUUUGUGAUUGUGUUGUGAUUAUUUUCCAUUUUGUGGGGAAUCAUAUUUCGUAGAAUUUUUCAUUACUGUUUUUAGCAUUUGUUAAGAGCUAUGUUUGUAAGUGUUAAUUUUUGUAUGUAUGUUGCUUCAUUUUCUACAAGACCUGUUUUUGAAAUAAAUGAAAUUGUAUACA